AGAGGCAAAAGGUGAAGGAUGUUUCUGGCUCUGUUUCUGCCCCUCGGCUCACUGAUGCUUCAGUUUACUGCAGGUGAACUGGAUUAUACCUCUCAGGCACAGGGAAUGCAAUUGCAGGGUGAUUAUUCUUUUGCCGGACUGUUUCCUCUCCACUACACCGACGCACCGAGUGAUGGUUUGCCCGCUUUGGUUCCAUGUGAUCAAGGUAGACCCAACAAGCAUGCAUUCCACCUAAUGCAAGCCAUGAGAUUUGCUGUGGAGGAAAUCAACAAUGGCACCGGCCCACAGCACCUCUUGCCAGGGGUGAAGCUCGGCUAUCAGAUAUAUGACAUCUGCUCGAUCCCAGCCAGUGUUCUGGCCACAUUUGACCUUCUUGAGCAGCAGUACCAGAACCCAUCCGAACCUGAGGUAGAGGAACACACACAGCUGAACUCCAGCAAAGCUCAAAGGGCAGUGGCUGUGAUUGGCCCGGACAGCAGCAGCAAGAGUUUCACACCUGCCGCUUUACUGGGGUCCUACCUGGUACCACAGAUCUCCUAUGAAGCAUCAAAUGAACUGCUGAGCAACAAGCUCCUCUAUCCCGCUUUCUUUCGCACAAUCCCCAGUGACAAGAACCAGGUGGCAGCUAUGAUCCAGCUCCUGGUCCGGUUCAACUGGACCUGGAUCGCGCUCUUGGGCAGUGAAAAUGAUUACGGGCUGCAGGGGAUGCAGAGCCUGUCAGAGCAAGCGCCACAACACGGCAUCUGCAUCCCCUACCAGGGAGUCAUCCCCACAGCCGGCGACGACACCGUCCAGACCAUGAGGACGAUGGUGGACAACAUACUGAAAACCAAAGUCAGCACCGUUGUGGUCUUCUCCAGCAAAACGAAGUUUCGCGGCUUCCUCCCAUUUGUACUUGAGAGGAACAUAACCGAUAUGGUGUGGAUCGGGACGGAGGACUGGUCGCCGUCUACCCUGAUAUCGGGGAUUCCCGGGAUUCACACCAUCGGCACCGUGAUCGGAGUGUCCGUUAAAGACGCGUCUAUCUCCGGCUUUCUGGACUUUCAGAAAAAGGUAUUUGAGGCGUCAAUGCAGCACGCCACCGAAGGCCCAAACGUUACCGUGAGCGGCGGCGACAGCUGUCUCCAGAGCACAGACCUGUACGUGCUCGCCAGCAAGAAUUUCAGCAUGGACAAGUACGACACCACCUCGUCCUUCAACGUGUACACGGCAGUUUACGCCAUGGCUCAUGCUCUGCAUCGAGCACUCGGUUGCGAUGCCGGAGAGUGCAGAAAGAGAAGCCUGAGUCCACACGAGCUUCUGCCAUUUCUUAGGCAGGUGCGAUUCUCUCUGGACAACUCCUCUGUGUAUUUCGAUGUGAAUGGUGACCCACCCACAGGGUAUGAUAUUGUUUCUUGGGUUUGGAGGGGGACGCAGUGGUCCCUCAGAGUGGUGGGCUCUUUCAUGCCAGAUCCCCUCACGCUCACGGUGGAUGCUGACCGGAUAGAGUGGCACAACAGAGGAGACUCAACAUCGGUGCCGCUGUCCGUCUGCUCCCCACCCUGCCCGAAAGGUCACAAGAGGCUGCUGACUGGCCAACACAUGUGUUGCUUUGACUGCCAGGCCUGUCCAGCUGCCACCUUCCUCAAUAAAAGUGAGCUGACAGAAUGCCAGCCGUGUCCGGCGGAGCAGUGGGCUCCUCCGGAAAGCGAGCGGUGCCUGAACAGAGCCGUGCUGCUGCUGGCCUGGGACGACCCUCUCUCCAUCGCCCUGCUCUUCUUUCUGGCCGCGUGCCUCCUCCUGACCUCCGGCACCGCCAUAAUCCUCCUGGUCAACCUGAACACGCCAGUGGGCAGGUCUGCCGGCGGCCGCACCUGCCUGCUGAUGCUGGCAGCCCUGACCGUGGCCGCCUUGAGCACGCUGUGCCACUUUGGCCAGCCGUCCCCGCUGGCCUGCAUCCUCAAGCAGCCUCUAUUCACCGUCAGCUUUUCAGUCUGCCUGGCAUGCAUCACUGUGCGCUCCCUCCAGGUCGUCUGCAUUUUUAAGUUUGCCUCCAAACUCCCGCCCAUCUACGACAAGUGGGUGAAAAAAAGUGGGCCCGAGAUCACCAUCUUUCUAGCGUCUGUGGCCAUCGUGUUCAUAUCGGUGCUCCGCGUUGCUCUGGACACUCCGCGGCCUUCCCAGGAUCUGGAAUUCUACUCCGACAAAAUAGUGUUGGAGUGCAGCAAAACCAUCUCGGUGGGCUCGGGCAUUGAGCUGGCGUACGUCCCAGCCCUGCCUGGGUCACGUGGCUUUGUUAUGCUAAUGCCACACCGUUCAACUGAGGAGAAGCUCUCUCAGAGAUAUCAGAGCUGGCGUCCCGGAGAAGCAGCUCCCUCCACCCGCACACAGAUGCGCCACCAAACGCCUCACCAAGCACACCUGGAGCUUUGGGGAAAAGUGGGCCUCCACACGGGGCCUCUGCUCCUGCCGUCCGGCAGGGAGGUGGGCCUGAGGGUGGAGCAGGCGGAGGAGCAGAGGCUGGCUCUCUGGGUCUGA